AUUGUAUGUGCGUAAAAUAAAGUGAAAGUAGACCGCAUAAAUUACCCUUUGAGUUUUAACAUUGUUUACGUUAACUCUAAAUCUUUAUCUUGAUUUUCAUAGUUCAGACUUUGUUCAUGGUCCUUUGAAGAUCCUCAAUAAGAGUGGACUUAUUUCGACAUCAGUUUGAUCUGACCAACAAACCGCAUCAUUCAGUCAUGGAGCCGAUUAAUAUUGAUAAUGAUAUCAUUAACAUGGAACCUCCUCCUAGUCCGAAGCCCAGCUUUGUAAGGAAUGCAAACCUUGCCAACAUGAAAGAGGAUUACCUUUACCACCUGGCACUAGACUCCAAAAACCACGACUUAAGAGACAUGUUCAAGGAUGUGAAGUUUGUGUGUUUUGGUGGAUCACCAAGUCGUAUGAAGGCAUUUGCCUUUUAUAUGAAGGACCAGCUGAAAUACAAGAUGAUAGCUGGACAGACCUUGGAAAACAUAUCGAAAGGAUCAGAUCGAUAUGUGCUGUAUAAAGUGGGACCGGUCCUAUCAGUCAGCCAUGGCAUGGGAAUCCCCUCGCUGUCAAUAUUGAUCCAUGAAAUCCUGAAGCUGCUGAAUCAUGCAGGCUGUGAUCCAGACAGUGUCGUGUUCUUCAGACUAGGAACUAGUGGUGGACUUGGUCUUGAGCCGGGAACAGUAGUUAUAUCUGAGGCUGCUGUGGAUGGAAUUCUACGACCAUAUAUGGAAGUGGCCACUUUAGGAAUGAUCAUUCAGUACCCAGCCUUCCUCUGUCCAGAACUCAACAAGGAACUGUUAGAUACAGCGAAAUCUAUAGGCUGCCAAUCGGUGCUGGGGAAAACCAUGUGUACAUAUGAUUUCUAUGAAGGUCAAGCAAGGUUAGAUGGCGCCUUCUGUGAUUACACUGAGGAAGAUAAGAUGAAUUUUCUGAAGCGAGCUCACGCCAGAGGAAUUGCCAACAUUGAAAUGGAAUCUCUUUGUUUUGCUGCAAUGUGUCACAGGGCAGGUGUCAAAAGUGCUGUUCUGUGUGUUACACUGCUGAACAGAUUAGAGGGGGACCAAAUCUCCACACCGCACGAUGUCAUGGAGGAAUGGCAGUGUCGUCCUCAAAGAAUUGUGGCUGCGUUUAUCAAACAGAAGCUGGGAAUAACAGAUUAACAAAACUAGUCUGUGUAACAUAGUCCCACAAUCACGUGACCAGUUCCGAAUUUGUUCAACAAUCAUUGUACAGCACUGUAUACCAGGGAAUUUUCACCACCGUUUUUAUUUUAUUUUCAUUUCAUUAUUAUAAUACAAUCAUGAGUGGGCAAAUUCAAAAGGAAGCAAGUGCAAAUCUACUCUUUUUGCAUAAUAAACAGUUUUGGGCAAUUUUAACUUGAGAUUGAAUUGUUUGUGUAAUUUCUGCCGAAUUCCACGAAAAUUGAGCCACCACGAAUUCUAAUGAUUCCACAGUAGGCAGAAAUAAGCAUAAGACAGAAAUAACUGGAGAUUUGGGGGGGUGGGGGUGUUCCUGAUAUACAGUAAUACUGUACUUGCAUCAAAAAGGGGAUCUGGAAUGAGCAUUAUUUAGAUUUCAAGUAGAUUUGCUAUAGCUAUUGCAUGCGAGUUUAUAGAUUGUAUUAUGUAUUCUUUUUUAGUCUUUCAGGAAUGCUUUGUAUAUUACACAACUGCUGCAGUUUGUUAUCAGAAGUUUUCAGAGAUUUUUAUGAACAAUUUAGUAUUGUUAAGCCCCUGAAACCAAAGAUUUUGUGGCAUUUUGAUUUGGGUCAGCAGUUUUAACCUUAGGCAAAACUUAUGAACUACUAGUAUACAAGAAAGAGACUUCAUACUGGUUUAACGGAAAGGUCAAGGUCACUUAGAUAAGUCAAAGUCACAUUUGUCACUUUUGAAUAUGGCCAUUCCACAAGUGUUAAAAGAUUGGAAUGUAUUGCAAUUUCUGCAGGGUGUUGAGUUUUGAGGUCUAUAAAACUUUAAACUGCACCAUAACUUUUGAACAGUUAGAGUGAGGGCUUUCACAUGUGUAUUCCUUUAGACCUUUCUUUUCAUACCAAAAUUUGUGACCUUAUGACCUUGACCUUUGCCAUACGGGGGCAUCAGUAUUUUACAAACACAUCUUGUUAUUUUAUUCAUAUAUACAUCUGCUAUGCUUUAAUUGAUGCCAAGUUCCAUCCUUAGAAUUAUCAGAUUUAUUCUAAUAUUUAAAGUUUAAAAAUGUAGAAUACUAAAAGUGAUAUCCCCCGGUGUCCUUAAUCAAAGAUAGACAAAUCAGAUAUCAAUAGCUUGAUGAGAAUAUACUACGUGUAGUAUUAUUGCCUGCUGUUAGGUUCACAAUGGUUUUUGACAGGUGGAAAUUUCCAAUGUUACCUUUAACUACAUACACUGUAUGCACAUUACAUUUUUAUUUAUAAUUUUUCAAUUUUAUUUAUUCAUUUAUAUAGUCCCUCUUGCAUUUCAAUGAAAACAUUCAAAACUGGUAUUUCUAACAUAUCUUACAACUUAAAUGUUUACAUCAUAGUGUCAAAAUGUAGUAUCACUUUCAUCUACUCAACCAAUUCAUACUGUGGUUGACUCGCACAAUGGAAGUCAGCUUGACAAGUCAUACUUAAAUUGUGGAGGUGGAUUUAUACCCAGGAAACUAACACAGAUUAACAUUUUAUAUUCAAAAACUGAUUAUCACUAUAAGAUUACCCCUAUUCAGUAGUUCCCAGGUCAGAAGGUGUGUUCUAAACUGGGAUUUCUGUUUGGGGGAGGAGGGUAUACAUUGGGGGGGGGGGGGGGGGGGGGGGGGGUUAUGGGUAUAAAUAUCAACAACUUGUAGAAUACUCUUUUACAACCCUGAAAGCAUAUCACGAUGGAGAAAAAGUGGCUGAAUGUACAUUGUAUUCAUGUUCUUUAAUGAUAAAUUUCUGCAGUUCACUUGAGAUACAGAUGUCUUUUUGGCUCCUAUAUCCAGGGGAUUCCAGAAGGGGAGGGGUAGGGGUUACUUGCCAUUGCAGUCAAAGGUCUGGGGCCAUCUGGUGCCUCCAUAACCUGUACGUUUAUUGGAGCAAAGUUCUGAAUGCUGGCAGCUCAUGGGGCAUCUUUUUCAUGCAUUCUUAUUUAAUGUUCAUCAUUCUUCUUGACUGUUUCAUCAGCUGGCAUCUGAAGUAUUACUUAUGAGUUUUUAAAAUAAUUUAGAAAAUUUGCAAUAGGGGUGGGGUGUGUAUGUGUACAAACCCCCAGAAUCCCCCUCAGCUACGAAUGUCUUUUGGGGGGGGGGGGGGUGAGAGUGCACAUGCACUUAUAUUAUAAUGAUCACUGAAAAUCUGUGUAAAGACAAGAAAAUUACUCAUAGGUGCACCAUGCUUUUAAGUAUACCAGAGUAUGUGUAUUUUGAAUGGUUAGAAGUGAAUCAUUAUGGGAUAUUCAGGAACAUUUGAUAGAAGACCACAGCUAUAUACAUGAAUACAAGUACCAAAGUUUUCACUGUUAUGUAGGAUAUGUUGUAGAUGUUGCUUGCCAUUUAACUGUUAUACAUUAAUGUUUCUUCUUUCAGUUUGUUAAACAAAGUGAUAUAUAUGUAGUAUUUAUUUUUUGAUACAUAAAUGUGAUUUUGUUGUAAGUGUUGAUCAAAGAGUUUUGACAAAGUGCAAUGUCCAUGUAUUGACCAUAUCUUCCCAAGUCAAGGGUUUCUGAUCCACUCCUCUCCUCACAAAGUGCCCUUGACUUGGGAAGAUUUGUAUUGACCGUCUUGUAUCAUUCAAAACACAGACCUAUACUUCUGAAUGAUAGCUGCCAUAUUUGUUAAGAAGGAAAAAUUCAUCGUCACAAUGGCUGACUUCUUUCGAAAAAUAUAGAUAUGAGUAAUGCAUAUAUAUUUCUUUUAAAUCUAAUCGCUUAGCUGAGUAGCUCAGUAGGUUUAUGUGUUGACUACUGAUCUGUAAUUUGUGCAUUUAAAAGUAUAACAGGGUUUAAUUUAAUUUUUUUAUUUAGAAUACUUUCUACUAAACUGCAUUUUUAAAAAACUAAAUAAAGUAAAGUUGAAACUUUUCAAUUUCAAAAUAUGAUUGUACAUAUCCUCCACUUGCCAUCCAUAUCAGAGUUCUGUGGUGUUAUUUCUCCGUAUAUGCUUUAUUAUUAAAUUUCAGUGCCAUGGUUUUUAAAUAUUUUGUUGGUAAGAAUAACUAACCAUGUUUUUUCCGUACACCGAUUAUUGCAGAUUUAUAAAUUAUUCUACAUGCAUGCUAUUUUCGUAAUCAGAAGCAUAGUCUGACUCAUGUGUCAUUGAAUAUUGUUAAACAGUUUAUACAUUAAUUAAUUUAUUGUUGUUUUUCUAAAUUCUAAGCUAGUUCUUACUUGUUGCUUACAUGAUAGCAUUUUACAUGCAAUAUUAAAGUAUGAUCUGUUUGCAGAAAA